GCGGGGCCUAGGCAAAAGAGAAAAAUCAGUCAGAUACUGAGCGAAGCUAUAUGACACAAUCACACCUGUGAAAAGUCCAGAGAUCAAAUUUACAAUCUCUCACACGCCCCAGCUUCAGGACCAGAGUCAACACUUCCUUGUCUCCCUCUGUCACCCAGGCUGGAGUGCAGUGGCCAAACUUGGUUCACUGCAACCUCCAUCUCCUGAAACCAAUAAGCUUUAACUAAGGUUAUGAAGCUAACGACAAGUGUACAAGAUAUUUUCAAAAAGGUGGCAAGCAGUUUUACAAAAUCUAGAAUCUUCAAAGGUAGCUCAGAGAAAGGAAAAUCCAAGAUGGUUGGUGGAGGGGAAGAGAAUCAACAAAUGUUCACACAGAUAUCAAAUCAGAAAGGACUCAUUUCCUAAGUGAGAAAUUGAACCCUGAACCUGGGCUGCCACUGUGAGACAGCAAAGCCCAGCUACUGAGCUACGGCACGAAGCAGUCGCCAUUGGAGUCUCCCAGAAGAAGCCUCCAGCAGCCGAUUUUGAGCUUGCAAAGGUUUUGAACUGCUCAAGAUCAUUUUUAGAGUAUCUGCAGAUUUAUGGCUAAAAGACCGGGACCCCCUGGAAGCCGAGAAAUGGGACUGUUGACAUUCAGAGACAUAGCUAUAGAAUUCUCUCCGGAGGAAUGGCAAUGGCUGGAUUGUGCUCAGCGGAAUUUAUAUAGAGAUGUGAUGUUAGAGAACUACAGAAACCUGGUCUCCCUGGGUAUUGCUGUCUCUAAGCCAGACUUGAUCACGUGUCUGGAGCAAAAUAAAGAGUCCCAGAAUAUAAAGAGAAAUGAGAUGGUAGCCAAACACCCAGUUAUGCAUUCCCAUUUCACCCAAGACCUUCAGCCAGAGCAGGGCAUAAAAGAUUCACUCCAAAAAGUAAUACCAACAACGUAUGGAAAAUGUGGACAUGAGAAUUUACAAUUUAAAAAAUGCUGUAAAAUUGUGGGUGAAUGUGAGGUGCACAAAGGAGGUUAUAAUGAAGUUAACCAAUGUUUGUCAACUACCCAAAACAAAAUAUUUCAGACUCAUAAAUAUGUCAAAGUCUUUGGUAAAUUUUUAAAUUCCAAUAGACAUAAAACAAGAUAUACUGGAAAGAAACAUUUCAAAUGUAAAAAAUAUGGCAAAUCAUUUUGCAUGCUUUCACACCUAAAUCAACAUCAGGUAAUUCAAACUAGGGAGAAGUCCUACAAAUGCAAAGAAUGUGGCAAAUCCUUUAACUGCUCCUCAAACCAUACUACACAUAAAAUAAUUCAUACUGGAGAGAAACCAUAUAGAUGUGAGGAAUGUGGCAAAGUCCUUAGCUGGUCCGCAAACCUUACUAGACAUAAGAUAACUCAUACUGGAGAGAAACCCUACACAUGUGAAGAAUGUGGCCAAGCCUUUAGGCACUCCUCAACACUUACUAACCACAAGAGGAUUCAUACUGGAGAGAGACCCUACAAAUGUGAAGAAUGUGGCAAAGCCUAUAGCUUAUCCUCAACCCUCACUGACCACAAGAGAAUUCAUACUGGAGAGAAACCCUACACAUGUGAAGAAUGUGGCCAAGCCUUUAGGCGCUCCUCAACACUUACUAACCACAAGAGAAUUCAUACUGGAGAGAGACCCUACAAAUGUGAAGAAUGUGGCAAAGCCUAUAGCUUACCCUCAACCCUCGCUGACCACAAGAGAAUUCAUACUGGAGAGAAACCCUGCAGAUGUGAGGAAUGUGGCCAAGCCUUUACCUGGUCCUCAAACCUUACUAGACAUAAGAGAAUUCAUACUGGAGAGAGACCCUACACAUGUGAAGAAUGUGGCAAAGCCUAUAGCUUACUCUCAACGCUCACUGACCACAAGAGAAUUCAUACUGGAGAGAAACCCUGCAGAUGUGAGGAAUGUGGCAAAGCCUUUACCUGGUCCUCAAACCUUACUAGACAUAAGAGAAUUCAUACUGGAGAGAAACCCUACACAUGUGAAGAAUGUGGCCAAGCCUUUAGCUUAUCCUCGAACCUUACUAGACAUAAGAGAAUGCAUACUGCAGGGAAACCCUACACAUGUGAAGAAUGUGGCCAAGACUUUAGGCGCUCCUCAGCACUUACUAUCCACAGGAGAAUUCAUACUGGAGAGAGACCCUACAAAUGUGAAGAAUGUGGCAAAGCAUUUAGCUUAUCCUCAACCCUCACUGACCACAAGAGAAUUCAUACUGGAGAGAAACCCUACAUAUGUGAAGAAUGUGGCAAAGCCUUUAACUACUCCUCAACCCUUAUGCAACAUAAGAGAAUUCAUACUGGAGAGAAACCCUACAAAUGUGAAGAAUGUGACCAAGCUUUUAAGUGGCAUUCAGGUCUUGCUAAACAUAAGACAAUUCACACUGGAGAGAAACCCUACAAAUGUGAAGAAUGUGGCAAAGCUUUUAAGUGGCAUUCAAGUCUUGCUAAACAUAAGACAAUUCACACUGCAGAGAAACCCUACAAAUGUGAAUAAUGUGGCAAAGUCCACCCUCAGGCCUCAUAAUACAUAAAAUAAUUUAUACUGGAAAAAAAACACUACAAGUGUAGAGAAUGUGGCCAAGCCUUUAACCAGUUCCAAACCUUAAUUGAAUGUAAGAGAAUUCAUAUUGGAAAAAAAUUUUAUAAACUUAAAAAAAUGUAACAAAGCCUUUAACCAACCCUCAAACCUUAAUGAACCUAAGAGAAAUUAUUUUUAAAAAAUUUUUUGAGAUGGAGUCUCCCUGUGUCACCCAGGCUGGAGUGCAGUGGCAUGAUCUCAGCUCACUGUAACCUCUGCCUUCCGGGUUCAAGCGAUUCUCCUGCCUCAGCCUCCUGAGUAGCUGGGAUUACAGGCGUGUGCCACCACACUGGCUGAUUUUUGUAUUUUUAGUAGAGAUAGAGUUUCACCAUGUUGGCCAGGCUGGUCUUGAACUGCUGACCUCAGGUGAUCCACCUUUGUCAGCCUCCCAAAGCCUGAGAGAAUUUAUAUUAGAGAGACCCUAGAAACAUUAAAAAAAAAGUGACAAAACUUUUAAGCACAUCUCAGGCCUUACAUAAUAUCUGAUCAUUCAUUCUAGAGAGAAACUCUACAAAAGCAAAGAAUGUGGUAAAGCUCUUAGUCUUGAACCCUUAUUAUACAUAAGAGAAUUAAUACUGAAGAGAAACCCUACAAUAAGGAAUAUGGCAAUGUCGUUAAAAAGUCCUCAAACCUGAAUAAAUGUAAGAUAAUUGAUAUUGGAGAGAAACCUUGCAAUUGUAGGGAAAAAUGUGGCAAACCCUCUGUCUCAAAAAAAAAAUUAUAAAUGUGAUUACUGUAAAAAGACCUUUUGGAAAAUAUAGGCCUUUAAAGUAAAGACUAGUUAUUCUGAAGACAAACAUACAAACAUAAAGAGGAUUGUUGUACCUUUACUUCCAUUACAGAUUUUAUUGUACACAUUUUAUAUUAAAGGAAAAAUUUGAAGAUCUGAAAAAGAUGCUCAAACUUUGUUGAACGUUAGAGAAUUUAUAUUGGCGAGAAAGUCUAAACAUGUAAUGAAUGUGAAAAACAUUUGUUCAAAAACUAUGGCUUAGAAAACACCAGUUUAUACUAAAUAUUUUUGCAGAACCAGUAAAUGGGGAAAACAUAUUAAAUCAAAAAUUGUCUAUAUAAACAUCUGAGGAGGCACAGUAGAAAGAUGAAGGCACUGAAACUUCAGACAUUACACGAAAUCAGAGUGUUGAGUGUAAAAGAGAUCCAAAGCUAACACCAUAUUCAUGUUAAAGAAGUAGGUUUUUUUGGAGAUUUAUAAUUACCUUCGAGGUAUGCUUCUUUCUUCUAUAAAAAAUAGUUUCUGAAAAGCAAAUAAUAAUGUAACUCAAGUCUCAGAUUCCGUCAUGUUGACUCUUCCCAUUGUUUGUGAAAGUAUUUGAACAGUUGUUUCAUCAGAGAUAGGAGAGAUUGUUUUUUAUCAAUUGUGCAUUUAUGUAAUAAAAUGCAAUAAAUUUAAAAAUAUUUAAA